AUAAAGAAGUAGUUAAUAGUAUAAGUAUAUAGUAGGGUAUGAUAUUAGUGUCAUCUCUCACAAAGGGCUCAGCUCUUAUCUCUUUCUCAUGGCCUCACCACAAGCAACCAAAUUGUCUCUUAUAAUCGGAUCUCAAAGGUUGGCUUGUUGGGAGCACUGAGACAUCAAACAUGGUUUCUUCUUUCUUUCACUCUUAAAAAACCAAAUUAGCCCUAAACACCUCCUUUUAGUUUAAUCCCAAAAGUUCCUCAAAUCUCUUCUCUUCUCUCUCUCCAUUAAAACCCUUCACAAGCAAAAAGCUUUGAGCUUUAAAUGAGUUUAAGGUCCUGCAAAAACUGGGUUUUUCCUCGUGUACUUGUUCAUCUUAGCUCCUCUGCAUGAAAUUAAAAACUUCAUAUUCAAGAAAGAAAAUCUUUUUUUUUUUUUGGUUGAUCUCUUUAAUUGAAAUCCAUUUGGGUUUUAAUUUAAUCUCCAAGAAGACAAAAUGGAUAUGAGAAGCCAUGAAAUGAUAGAGAGAAGAAGAGAAGACAAUGGCAACAACAAUGGUGGUGGUGUUAUUAGUAACAUCAUUAGUACUAAUGAUGAUAAUUGCAAUGGUAAUAACAACAACAACAACACUCGUGUCUCUUGCAACUCUCAAACCCUAGAUCACCACCAAUCCAAGUCUCCGUCUUCGUUUUCCAUCUCCGCCGCAGCUAAACCCACCGUAAGGUACCGUGAGUGUCUGAAGAAUCACGCGGCGAGCGUCGGCGGAAGUGUACACGACGGAUGCGGCGAGUUUAUGCCGAGUGGUGAAGAAGGAACAAUCGAAGCUCUCAGAUGCGCUGCUUGUGAUUGUCACCGUAAUUUCCACCGGAAAGAAAUGGACGGCGUUGGAAGCUCGGAUUUGAUCUCUCACCACCGUCAUCACCACCACCACCAUAACCAGUACGGUGGAGGAGGGAGAAGACCUCCGCCACCGAAUAUGAUGCUUAACCCACUCAUGCUUCCUCCGCCGCCGAAUUAUCAGCCGAUUCACCACCACAAGUAUGGAAUGAGUCCUCCCGGAGGAGGAGGAAUGGUGACGCCGAUGAGCGUUGCUUACGGCGGAGGAGGAGGAGGAGGAGCUGAGUCGUCUAGUGAAGAUCUGAAUCUGUACGGACAAUCAAGCGGAGAAGGAGCAGGUGCGGCGGCGGGACAAAUGGCGUUUUCGAUGUCGUCGUCGAAGAAAAGAUUCAGGACAAAGUUCACGACGGAGCAGAAGGAGAGGAUGAUGGAGUUUGCGGAGAAGCUAGGGUGGAGGAUGAACAAACAAGACGAAGAAGAGCUUAAGAGAUUCUGCGGUGAGAUCGGAGUUAAGAGACAAGUCUUCAAAGUUUGGAUGCAUAACAACAAGAACAAUGCCAAGAAACCACCAACACCAACAACUCUCUAAUCAAUCAGUGAUCAUAUGCUUAAUCGAGAGAUUAUGUAAGAGAUUUUCUUUUAAUCUACUUUUCUUCUUCUUGUUGUUUAUUUAAUGUUUUUUUCUAGGUUUUUGUAGUUUGUACGAUCUUUGGAUCAAUCAAUGGAUCUUUUGUUUGCUUAGUUAAUGUUUUAGUUUUGGUUUGCUUUUAGUCUUUUUUUAAUUUUGUUUGUCUUUUACCCGGAUCGUACUUGUAAUCAGCUUCUGUUGCUUAUUAGUUUAUGCUUCUGUCUUUUUUA